GCGCGGGCGCCAGCUGGGUGCAGAAGUGCGGCCACUCGUCGGAGGUUGAGGACGGGUGGGAUGCUUACAAAAAGGCGAACGGCAUUACAGUGGACGGCUGCGCAAAGUCUGGGCCCGCCAGUUACAGCAAGCGCUACGAGCAGUACUUGAAUGAUAAGUUUCGCAACGUAUUUGACGGAUGGGAGGAUUACGACGCCCACAAAUCUUUCAAGAAUAAGAUGCAAAAGAAAGACAAGAACAGCUUGGACGUUUGGGGUGACUAUGUUUCGUGGGUCGAACAGAAGGUUGAUUUCCUGCGUCGGGAGCUGAAUGCCUACAGGACUGUUUGCACGAGCAACCACAUGGUGAACACCGUGAUGAAGAAGAAGGACUACCUCACCAUGUUUAUGCAGAAGCUCGUGGUCAUGGAGGGGCUGAAAUUCACGAUGCCGCACGAGAAGUCGUCUGCCGAGGCCGCCAACUAUCCGUGGCUGCUGUCAGAUGACCAGUCGCACAGGCGAGUCUCGUGGAUGGAUUGCCCCAUGGGCACGUCUGUGACGUUCAAGAAGGCCAAGAACGAGGCUGCCAAGAAGGCAGAGGCCGCUGCAAAGAAGAAAGCAAAGGAAGAGCAGGCGUAUCAGAAGAAAGUCGAAGCGGCGAUUGCCGCUGGAAAGCAACCGUCAAAGAAGAAAGCCAGGACGUCCAACCCUGAGGACGGCACCAUCCCGCUCGAGGAAGUCAAGGCCGAGGUCGACGGUCGUAUGGCAACGGCGCUCGACUUCAUAGCGGCCAGCGUGUUUGGGCCGCUUAAGAUGGUUCCCGAGGACAAGAUUGACGUGCCCACCGUGCGCCGAGGGCUCCGCCUUUCUUUGCAGUUCCUGUGGGCCAAGACCGUUACCAUCAAUGGCGAGACCUUCGGUGCGUGGUCGAAGGUUCGCAAAGUCAUCCGAGCCGAGAUGAUCAAGGGCCACGUCGCCCAGCUGUGCGAUUCCGACGAGCAGGCUCGCAAAAUCCGCGACGAUGCUGAGGCAGAGCGCAAGGGUGCCGGGGGGGCCGAGGGCGGCGCGGAUAAUGUUCCGUGGUCGGAGCAGCUCGCGAACAGGCUUGUCGCCCAGCUGGCUGCCGAUGACGACGCAGAUGAUGGUGAGACGGGGCGUGCCGGCGGCGCGGGCGCCCUCGCAGAGUUCGAGGCGAAGCCCGAGUUCAUCCAGCAGAUGUGGGAGUUGAAGAAGCAGAUCACCGACCAGCCGCGCGCGAGGUUUCAGCCCAUCUACGUUGCUGAGAGCACCAAUGUCGGCAAGGUGCUCGUUGCCCGCUGUGCGAGGGGAGAUGCUGUUACGUUGCACGACGUCCUGGCCGUUAUCUGCCUCAGCAUGUUCCGGGUUGGGUUCAAUAAAGAGUACGCUUGUUGGGGGCGCGCCAUCCUCGCGGCCAUCGCAGACAGUGCAGCAGCUACAGCGACGGCGCCAUUGGUCAUCGAAGACGUCAGUUCGGGAGUUUUGCAGGACGCUGAUGCUGUUGACAAGUUCUUUUCCAUGAGGUCCAAGUUGGUAGUGGCUCUGCUCGAGUCUUGCGCGUGCGGCGAGCACGGCUUCAUCGAGACGGACUACUCCCUUGCUAUGCCAGCCUUGCGUUCUCUUGAUUUGAAAGACCAGGUGGCCGACUUCGACUUGCGCGUUGGUGCGUGUGGCGACCAGGCGUUCUGGGUUGACGCUUGGCAUUGUCUACUCCAAGCGAGCUUGGAUGGUAAAGUCAAGGAGUUCCUCGCCGCAGUUCGGGAUGACAACGGCUUGCAGUCCCAGGAUGCGCUGUGGCCAAUUGCCACCCGCUUCAAGUUGGUCACCCCACCAGUGCAGGCCAAGUCGUCAGGCGUGCCGGAGACCACAGAGGGCGCCCCGACCCCGACGUCCGAGACGGCCGCUGACGCCCCGCCCGAGGCGAAGUCGGGCAACGAGGAGGACGAGGAUACCCAGGACGCGAAGCUGACGACCGAGUCUCAGUCACAGGGGCCAACCGUGGAGACGACUGCGGAGAGCGUUGCGGUGGCGGAGUUCCAGACAGUGCCCCAGAUCCGGUUGAGUUGGAUUUGUGGCGAAGGUGGUGCUACUGGUCCGAUCAUGCGAUCCUUUGAGUUGCGGCUGGAGGCGUUCAUCCACGAUAUGGCCCACGUCAACGUGCAGUCCAGGUUCGGUGUGCCGACGGAUGGCGGCCUAGACAUCCUGCAGUGCAACUGGAAGGAGAACGCCCCGCUCAUGGCCAAGGAGCUGACCAGCGCCAUCGCGCUGAACUUCAGCGGGAAGAUCUCGGCCGUGCCGAGGAAGGGCUCCGUGCAGGUGAGCGCGCUAUGGGGUGGCACCAGGCUCAAGUGCAGCCCGCAGGGCCUGGAGCUGGCGUGCUGGUGGCUGUGGGACCUGGUGGUGCACCUGGUCCCGGGCUGCCUGGUGCUCUGCUGGCACGGCCCGCGGCUGGCCCCGCACGGCCCGCAGCUCCACCGAGGCACCGCGACGCCCCUGGCGGUGGCCGUGGCCCUGCCGCUCAACGUGUGGUGGCUGUGGGGCCUGGGCGCGGGGCUGUCGGCCAAGGCCGCGGCUCCGAGGCUGGCUCUCUGGCCACUGGGCAUGCAGCUGGAGGACACCAACGCUGUCUACCGCGUGGCCCCGAAGCUGCCGAAGGUGGCCUGGCUGUGGGUCUACGGGGCGCACUGGUUCGUGUGCACGAUGUGGUUGGCCGCUCUGCUGCUGCCCCGGGAGGUGUUGUUCGCCUACGCGGUCUUCACGCUGUUUGGGCUGAUCCGGCAGCCGUACACGUGCUCCUGGCUGGUCGUCCUCCUCGCCGCGCUUGGCGGCC